AGCUUAACUCUUUCUCUCUUCAAUGGCGACCGACCGAGAUUUCUCGCCUUCGACCCACAUGCAAUACUUCACAGACGACGACGAUAGCGAAUCAGACGACGAUCGAGAAGACGAAGACGAUCAGCAAGACGACAUUAACGGAGAAGAACCCAGGGAGGAAGAAGACAGUUCACGCGGUUUAAAAGGCGCGUAUUUAAUGUGCGGCCCGGGUCGGCGGCGAGGAAGCGGAGGUUGGUCUCUUGGGCAAGUUCUCGACCCACGAGCCAAAUGGGUUCAGGAAUGGAAUAGGGUUUUUCUCCUGGUAUGCGCCACGGGUCUUUUCGUCGACCCGCUAUUCUUCUACGCGCUCUCUAUAAGCGACACGUGCAUGUGCCUCUUCGUCGACGGCUGGUUCGCCAUCACCGUGACGGCGCUCCGGUGCAUGACCGACGCUUUGCAUCUCUGGAACAUGUGGUUGCAUCUGAAAAUGACCAAGGGGUCCUCUUUCGUCCCCCCCACAAACGGGCCCCGCGAAGAUAGUGAUGAAACGGCGGAUAGAACCGCCGGGAAACCUCGCUCAGAUGCCAUCCGGUACUUGAAAGCAAAGAAAGGAUUCUUCUUUGAUCUCUUCGUCAUCCUCCCAUUACCUCAGGUUGUAUUGUGGGUGAUAAUUCCUUCAUUGCUCGAAAAAGGAUCGGUAACCCUUGUGAUGACAGUACUCUUAAUUAUGUUUCUGUUUCAAUAUCUUCCGAAAAUUUAUCACUCCGUUUGUCUUCUCCGACGCAUGCAAAAUCUCUCCGGCUACAUCUUUGGAACUGUUUGGUGGGGAAUUGCCCUUAACAUGAUUGCUUAUUUCGUCGCAUCACAUGCAGCAGGAGCAUGUUGGUACCUGCUGGGGAUUCAAAGGGCUGCAAAGUGCUUAAGAGAGCAAUGCAGAAUGGACAUUAGAGGCGGGUGUGAGCUGAGAUUAUUGUCUUGUAAAGAACCCAUUUACUAUGGAACUACAAGUAUGCUGAUGAGGGAUAGAGAAAGACUGGCAUGGGCAGAGAACAAACAAGCCAGAACUACUUGCAUUCAGUCCUCUGAUAAUUAUGAUUAUGGAGCUUAUAAAUGGACUGUUCAACUUGUCACUAAUGAUAGCCGCUUGGAGAAAAUCCUCUUCCCCAUCUUCUGGGGACUAAUGACUCUCAGUACUUUUGGGAACUUGGAGAGCACAACAGAAUGGCUAGAAGUAGUUUUUAAUAUUAUUGUUCUAACCAGCGGACUCCUUCUGGUCACCAUGUUGAUAGGAAAUAUUAAGGUGUUUUUGCACGCAACAACAUCAAAAAAGCAAGCAAUGCAGCUGAAAAUGAGAAACAUAGAGUGGUGGAUGAGAAAGAGACACUUACCUCAGGGAUUCAGGCAGCGAGUCCGCAACUAUGAGCGGCAGAGGUGGGCGGCCAUGCGCGGCGUCGACGAGUGUGAGAUGAUCAGAAACCUCCCCGAGGGUCUCCGCAGGGACAUCAAGUACCAUCUCUGCCUUGAUCUUGUCAGACAGGUUCCAUUGUUUCAACACAUGGAUGAUUUGGUCUUGGAGAACAUAUGUGAUCGAGUGAAAUCCCUCAUAUUCACCAAAGGAGAAACGAUAACUAGAGAGGGUGAUCCUGUACAAAGAAUGUUAUUUGUUGUAAGAGGACAUUUACAAAGCAGUCAAGUUCUUAGAGAUGGUGUCAAAAGUUGCUGCAUGUUAGGUCCGGGAAAUUUCAGUGGAGACGAGCUGCUAUCAUGGUGUCUAAGAAGACCCUUCAUUGAAAGAUUGCCACCAUCUUCAUCAACCCUAGUCACUCUUGAAACCACCGAGGCUUUCGGCUUAGAAGCUGAGGAUGUAAAAUAUGUUACACAACAUUUUCGAUACACAUUUGUGAACGAAAAAGUCAAGAGGAGCGCACGAUAUUACUCGCCUGGAUGGAGAACUUGGGCAGCUGUGGCAAUUCAAUUAGCCUGGAGGAGAUACAGACACAGGCUAACACUUACUUCGUUGUCGUUUAUUAGGCCUAGGAGACCCUUGUCAAGAUGUUCUUCCUUGGGAGAGGAUAGACUCAGACUUUAUACAGCUAUGUUAACUUCUCCAAAGCCAAAUCAAGAUGAUUUUGAUUUUUGAAACUGUUUGAGAGUGUAUUCUUUGAUAUAUAUUUAUAACAUGUUUGUGAAAAUAAGAAUAUGUUUGUGUUUGUCAAUAAACGAUUUGACGAAGAAAACUAUAAAUUGUUACCAUUACUAGUUA